AUGCCUUUGUCUCUGGCCUUCCUGUUCUCGUGGUUCUACAUCCGGUACUACCAGAGCCGACAUGACAGCGAGGUCAGCUCAACCCUGACGGCUAUCGCCGCUCUGGCCAUCACCCUACUGACCUCAGCGCUGGUGCCUGUGGACAUUUUCCUGGUGUCCUACAUGAAAACUCCUGAUGGACACUUCAAGUCCUGGGCAGCAGACAACCAGACUAGACAGUCAAUAGAGGAUGCAGUCCUCUACAGCUACUAUGCACUGUACUGUGCAGUGAUGGCAUUUGCCUUCCUUCUGAUCCCCUUCAUGUACUUCUUCUAUGAGGAGAAGGAUGAAGAUUCCACCUGCAGAUCAAGAUGCUGUGCAGCGCUCAAGUUUACUGUGGCAUUCAUUAUCGUUGCUGCAAUUCUUCUUCUCAUUGGCGCCCUGGCCCCACUCUCAGCUCCUCCUGCUAAAAACUCCACUGACUGGGAACGUCUGCACUUCCUCUUCAACGAGCUAGGAUCAAACCAUGGAGAAGAUGCCAUCUCCUUUGCCAUCAGUAGCCUGACGUUGUUGGGAAUGUUGGCUCUCAUCACCUACACAGCCUAUGGCAUGACUGCCCUGCCCUUUACCUGGAUCAAGGGUGUCAGGGCAGCCAAGAGAGAGAGACUUGAGGUCUGUGAGGACAGGGAAGAGCUGGAAGAGAGGAGGAACCGUAUUCAUGUCAAGUACCAAGAUGGACGGCGAAUGACCAGCCGUGACCGCCGUGACAUGGAUGACCUGGAUGAGAAGCUCCGUCUCCUGCGUCGUCGGGAGCGUCAUCUCCUGUCAGCCGAGCGCAGCUGGCUCAACAAGUGUUUCAUCGUCUGCAGGCCUUUCCAGAUGGUGUUUGGGAUUGUGUUCAUCCUAUUGGCCCUCAUCAUCUUUGUGUCCCUCCUGCUGUCAUGCAUCGACCGGAUCCUGCAUGGCCUGGGGUACAAGAUGGGAUACGCCCUCCCUAAACCACAACUGCCCAACCCUGUAGACAUUGUCAUGGUCAACACACAGAAGGUGUUUCCCCUGGACUAUAUCCUGAUCUCAGCCAUCAUCAUGUACUGGGUCUUCUGUUCUAUGGCAGGGAUCAAACAGAUGGGCAUAUGGUUCUUCUGGAUCAGGAUGUACAAGAUCCGAGUGCAGCGGACCCGUCCCCAGGCCCUGUUGUUCAUGUGCAUGAUCCUGAUGCUGAUCGUCCUGACCAACAACAUCAUGUUGUACACCCUGUCCCCGCAGUACGUCACGUUCGGCAGCCAGCACUACUGGCAAAAUGGGACCAACCAUGCCACCAAUGAGACUUUUGCGACACUCGUGCCCUGUAAUCUGAAUGCAACACAAGGGGAGUGUACCAUGACCAGAAUGAGUACUCUGACAACUCGCUUCUUCUACAAGGUCUGGUUCUUUGGAGCCUGCUACUACUGGGGCACCUGGGGCUUCCUGGGGAUAUUUGUCCUGGGCUUUAUCGUGUCCGUCGUGAAGGGUCGCCGGUCGGCCAUCGAAGACGAAGUUGAGUCUGACGACUCAGAUGACUCAGACGAAGAGCUCUUGAGAGCAUAAGUACAAUCGGGAAAAAUCCGGCUAGAGUGUACCUAUACUCACAACAGUGAAGAGGAGACCACCACUGAGUACAUGUACAUACCUGUCAGCACACACAGUGUGGCUGGGUGUAAGGAUGGAAGCACCAGUGAUGAAACCCUGCAGGACACUGGGAGAGCAGAUUUAGACAGCACAGUUGAUGUAUCUGAGCAAGAAGAUGGGCAAGGGUAUAAAACUGAUAUUGAUAUUGAUACUGAAGCUAAGAGAUCAGGAGAGAGGCUUAUUUAGGAUGAGUAUUUUUGAAGCUUCUGUGUAUGUAAACUUUGAAUUACUUUGUUUCAGGAGUACCAAGUAAAGUAACAUGGUGAUGAUAAUGUGAUAUAUUGUGGGUCCCACAAGUUGUAAAAUACACUACUCUCCCAGCAGAGGUUUAGACUUUGACUUAUUUUGGCAUGUUUUUAGCCAUUGUUAUGUUAUGUUAGGCUUUCUUUUUUUGUACUGGUAUCUUUUUUUGCCAAUCAAACUUCAGGUGGUGUAUUGGAUACAGUCUUGCCGAUUCAAUACUGUUUUGCACUGUUGCAGGAAGCAAAAGAGGCAAAUUGUCAUUGUUACUUCCAAUCUAGUUUUAUGCUGCAAAAUUGUAUCUUACCAUUCAUAGGUAAGCAUCAUAGGUACAUGUAAGCUAUGGCUGAAUCAUCUUUGGUUUUCAAUGACUUUAAAAAAUUAUCCAAGUGUUUUCAGACUUAAACUGCUUUAUCAAGAACCACGUUCUUGAACCCAAAAAUAUUGAAAUAUUGCUUAAAAUGACUGAUGAAUACAUGUAGAAAAGUAGCCAACUUCAGAGUUUCCAACAGUUGUAAGACUGUUGUCUUUAAAUGCAGUCAAAUAUACACUUGGAAAUAUUAGCCUCCUUAGCAAGCUCUAUGAUGGGCCUUUUUUUGGAGCCUUUAUAACACAUGUAGGGCCGGCCAAAGAACCACAAUACUAAUAGAAGUUAUAUGCCAGAAAAAAGCGUGCCAUGAAGAUUCCCAAAAAGCCCAGUUGUAGAGCUUACUAAGGAGGCUACAUUGCAGUACAUGUAUAUGAUGCAGUUACAUGGGGCAAGGGAAUUUUCAAGUGGCUUAAAGUGAUUGGUUGUGAAGGUAGUUGGUUGUACAUAUGGUAUGCCAAAGCAAAGUCUGUAAAUAUAUAUACAUUGUAAACCUGUGCUUAAGGAAGUACUUGUCUUGAUUUUGUUUAUAGACUUGAAUUAUUAUAACUCCUCCAAUGAAGCUGUCAACAAUGAUAUCCUGUUGGGGAAUGGAUGUGUAGAUGUUGAGGCUUAAGCUCAACUUCAUUUAAAGUGAACAAUAAAGUUUCUGAGGGAGUGAAAACAUUUCUGUAUUG